AUGACGCGUCCCGGCGCGCGCGGCGGCGACGGCGACCCUCCGACGCCGUCCACGCGCUACGCCGGCGUCGUCGACCCCGCGUACGCGUCGUCCGACGACGACGACGACGCGUUCACGCCGCCCCUCCGCCCGCCGUUCGUCGCGUCCGACGGAUCGCCGUCGACGUCCGCCUCGCCGACGCGGCCGCCGCGCGAGGUCGUCGCGCGGCGCUCCGUCGCGUGGGACGCGGACCUGGAGCGGUACGAGCCCGUGGAGUCGUCCUCCGCGCCGCCGCCGCCGCCGAUCCUGAAGCCGUCGCGCGGCGGAUGCGGCGGCGUCCUCGACGCGCUGUCGCCGCGGAAGCGACGCGAGCGACGCGAGGCGCGCGAGCGCGACGAGACGCGACGCCGCGACGCGUCCGCCGCGUCGGACGCGGCGACGCGCGCGGCCGUCGACGCCGCCGCGCGGUUCGACGAGAACGUCCCGCUGCCGGGCGAGGCGUUGCGGGGCGACGAGGAGGAGUUCUACGGCGGCGGAGCGGGGGGCGACGAGGAGGAGGAGGACGACAGCUGGCGUCGCGGCGUCGUCGGCGUCGGCGGGCGCGUCCGCGCGACGGCGACGACGACGUCCGCGCCGACGGCUUCGAUCGACGCGUCGCGCCGAGUCGCGGAGGAGGACGCGCUCGCGGCGCUGCGCGCGGCGUACGCCGCGGAGGAGGACGACCGACCGUCCACGAGCGCGGCGGCGCGAUUCUUCGCCGCGGACGUCGGCGACGGCGACGCGACGCGUUUCGAAUCCUACCCGGGGAUGGCGAAGUCCACCGUGGACGCGAUAUUAUACGGCAACGCGCUCGCGGGCGGCGAAGAGGAAGACGCCGAGGAGGAAGGCGCCGGAAGAAGAGUAGACGCGACGCGCGCGCGCGACGCGCGACGCGAAGAGCGGCGCCGGCGCCGCGAGCGCGAGCGCGAGGAAAACGCUGAGGAAGACGCCGGCGGCGGCCGAAAACCGCCGAACGACGACGCCGUCGUCGCGCCGUUCACCGUCGCCGUCGCGGACGCGGAGCUCAGCGCCGGCGCGCGCCCGGGGAUCGCGCUCGAGAUCGGCGACGACGUCGCGAGGAUGAAGCACGCGCUGGAGAACGUCGGCGCGGCGCGAGAGGCGCACCUCGCGGAGAUGCGAUCGUUUUUAUCGCGCGACGGCGGCGACCGCGGCGGCGGCGGCGGCGGCGGACGCGUGACCCUCGCGCCCGGCGCGACCUCGAUCCUCCCCCCGGGGAGCCCGUCCGCGUCCGUCGCGGAAGAGGCCGCGGAGGCGACCGCGCGCAUCGCGAUGAACGCCGCGCGCGUCGAGGAGACGGCGACGUACGCGAACCGGUUGGUCGCGGCGGCGAUCGAGCCGUCGCCGCCGCCGGCGGAUUGGCGCGCGACGAUGCAGCCGCAGUGGGCGUCCGAGGACGAGUGGACGUCCCCGCCGCCGACGCCGACGCCGAUCCCGAUCCCGAUCCCGUCGCCGAAGAUCGCCGUGGCGUCGUCGCCGCGGUCGUCCGCGGCGUUGGAGGCUGCCGCGAGCGCGGCGAGCGGCGCGACGCGACGCGCGACGGCGGACGCCGCGGCGGACGGCGACGAAGAGAUGCUCGAGGUGUUGCGCGUUCUCGAGGGCGUGACGACGACCGCGAGCGAGAUCGCGCGCGGCGGCGGCGGCGGCGCCAGACCCCGCGCGCGGGCCGCGCUGACGUUCGAUUGGAAUUGGAACGCGGACGCCGCGGACGCCGCGGACGCCGCGGACGACGGGAUCGAUCGCGCGCCGAGAGGGGACCUCGCCGUCGCGAUGGGUUUGCCGCGAUUCGAUCCGACGCGGAGAAGAGAGGUCACAUUCGGCCCGUCGUCGCGUCCGUCCGCGGCCGCCGCGCGCCGCGCGUGGGAGCCGCCGCGCGUGGGGUUCGGCAGCGCGACGACGCGCGAGGGCGAGCCCAGACGUGCGGGGAGGGGCGGGGACGCCGCGCGAGCGGUAGGCGGCGCCGUGCGUUGGCGCGGCGGCCCGCCGGAGCCAACGUCGGCGCCAGAGGCGUCGCGCGCGUCGGCGUCGGCGUCGGCGUCGACGUCGCCGCGCGCGAAAGAGAAAAGGAAGGAAGACUACUCGCACGUCGGGAGUAAGCUCAAGGAGCAGUGGGAGGCGUGGCGCGCGGGCACGGACGAGGGCGUCGCGGAGGAGAAGCGACGCGCGGAGAAGAUAAAACUCCGCGCGGGGCUUCGAGGGGUGCUCGUCGAUAUUCACGCCGCGACGACGGCGAUGGAGGCGGCGACGGCGGCGGAGUCGCCCACGGUGACGCAUUCGUCCGAGGAGAGCGUCUCCGAGGGGGACGACGCCCCGAAGCGGCGGCGAGCCGCGUUGGCCGUCAUCGAGAAGAACGCGCCGCCGCCCGCGUCGGUCGAGACGGCGACGGACGAGGAGGCGAGACGACGGGAAGAGAAGAAGAAACUGCGCGCGGGGCUCGUGGACAUGCUCGCCGACUUGCAGCGCGCGCGCGUGGACACCGCGGCGGGGACGUCCGAUGACGUGUCUCCCGCGACGAAACGCCGCGAAGAGAAGCGGAAACUGCGAGAGAGCCUGGAAGACAUGCUGUCGGACGUGCGCCGCGCGAAGGAACCGCCGUCGCCGCCGCUCCCGUCGCCGCCGGCGGCGCUCCCGGCGUCGCUUCCGGUCGCCCCCGCGGCGACGCUUCCCGCCGCGACGCCGACGCCGCUCGUCGUCGCGCGCGGCACGCGCGCGCGAAGCGCCGUCGCCGUCUCCGACGCCGCCGUCGGCACCGUAUCGUCGUCGCACGCGGCCGCGCAAACGUCCACGGCGGCGGCGGUGGAACUCGACGACGACGACGACGACGACGACGACGACGACGACGGCUCCGUCGCGUCCGACCGCGACGAUCUCCUCAUGACGACCGCGGGGGCGUACCAAGUCUUAGGGUACACCGAACGCGGAGAUCUCACGGAAGAGACCGGGACGCAGACGCUGUCGGCGCCGCCGCCGCCCGCGGACGAAGCGAAAGAGGAGGAGGCGAGGUUCGAACGCGAAGCCGCGGCGAUCGCGCGCGAGCUCGUGUCCGGCGCCGCGCGCGCCGCCGACGCCGACGACGCGUCGCCGUCGCCAUCGUGGCUUCGCCUGCAGCUCCGAGCCGUGCGCGUGCUCGCGCGCGCGCGCGAGGAGACGCACCGCGAGCGCGUCGCGGCGAUGUGCGAGCGUUUCCGCGACGCGGACGCGCGGCUGCGGGAGCAGGCGCGUUCUAUACACUGGUCCCCAUACGACCGCGUCGGCGAUGGCGCGCGGGAUGUGCGGACGAACGUCCGAAGGGUGUGGGUGAAGAACCGCGCGAAGCUUUUGGUCGCGUGCCUCGACGCGUUGAAAGAAAACGCGCGCAUCGCUGCCGUUUUCGAAUCCAAAGCCUCCACCGUCGCGGCAGAACGCCUGAGAAAACACGCGAGAGCUGGGCUCAAGCGCUGGCGAUUCAUCGCGGGCAGGGACGCGGAAGAGAAGAAGCGAAACGCGCUCGCGGACGCGGCGUACGGUCGCAGAGCCGCGGGCGCGGCGUUUUCGCAGUGGCGCGCCGCGCGCGUCGCGACCGACAUCGACGCGCACGUAACGUCCCUCGCGCGUACGUUUCGCGACAAACGCCUCGCCGUCGCGGCUCUCCACGCGUGGGCGAUGCAGACGAAAUCGGAAGACGUCUAUUACGCGCGCGCGAGCGAGAACUACGCGUUCGCGAGGGCGCGCGCGUUCAAAGACUCCUUCCUCGCCGGUCGCCGCGCGCGCGCGUGGCAAAUCAACGAGAUGCCCGAUCGAGCCGCGCGCGACGCCGCGAUGGACGCAUUCGUCGACGCUUACCGCGCGUGGUCGCGGUCGCGAGGGGCGCUUCAGGCGUGGAUCAUCGCGUGGCGCGCGACGAAGGACGCGCGCGGCGCGACGACGCGCGGCGCGGACGCCAUCGCGCGCGUCGUCGCCGAGUGCGACGGCAGCCGACGAAGAGCCGCCGCGCGCGACGCGUCGGCGACGCUCCGAGCGCUUCUGUCGCGGCGGCGGUACGUCGCCUCGGACGCGGACGUUCGGUGGGUCUCGCUCGCGAUCGCGCACAUGCGGCGCGCGCGCGAGGAGGAGACGAACGAGACGGCGUGGGAACGCGCGCGCGAGACGGAGACGGAGACGACGCGCGCGAACGACGAUCGCGACGACGCCGCCGCCGCGGACGCCGCCGCGUGGUCGAAGAAGUGGUGGUCGAGCACGCGCCCGCCCCGGGACCCGGACGCCGCGCCGGCGACGAAGACGCAGCGCGACGCCGCGGCGGCGAAGGUGUUCGACGACCCGGGGGUGCCGGACGACGACGACGGCGACGGCGACGACGCGACGGAGAGGGGAACGAAGAGCGCGAACGAAGAAGAAGACGCGGCGCGAAUCGACGUCGACGCGUCCGUCGUCGCGACGGACGCCGUCGUCGUCGCCGCCGACGCGCUCGCGCACACCGCGUCGUCCGCGUCCGUCGCGCACGCGGCGGCCGUCUCCGAGCGUCGCGUCGCCGCGGACGCCGCGCGACGCCGCGCCGCGGACGUCGCCGCGGAGACCGCGCAGACCAAGCUCGUCAUCGCGCGCGAACGCGCGGAGAUGGAGGCGUGGACCGUCGCCGGCGGCGACGCCGCGGUGUUUUCCGCGCUCGACGCCGAGUCGAGAUGGGUCGCGUCGGACGCGGCGGGCGCGUCGUCGUCGUCCGCCGCGGCCGCCGCCGCGAGAGAAGCCGAGGCGAACGCGAAAGACGCGGACGCGGACGCGUCGACGGCCGCGAACCUCGCGUCCGUCGCGACGGACAUCGCGUCGUUCGCGAGGGACGCGGCGAAGGCGACGGCGACGGCGGCGGCGGCGGCGGCGGCGGCGGCGCGGACGGCGGCGGCGGCGGACGCGGCGGCGCGUCUUUCGCGCGCGAGCGUGAACGCGUCGCGCGAGGUCGUCGCGGAGGCGGCGGCGGAGGCGGCGGCGAACGACGACGACGACGACGACGCGUCGGCGUCGGCGUCGAUCGCGAAGCUUCGAGAGCGAUGCGAGCGCGCGGAACGCGACGCGACGGACGAUGCCGCGGCGCUCGCGGCGGCCGCGGAGGCGUCCGCCGCUUUCAACGCCGCCUCGGACCGCGCGUCCGCUCGCCACGACGUCGUCCGCGUCGCGAUCGACGCGCUCGAGACCGCGCGCGCCGCGGUCAAGGCGUCCGCCGCGUGGCGCGACGACGCGACGCGACGCGUCGCGAACGCCGACGCGGAGGCGGCGGCGGCCGUCGCGGAGGCGGCGGGCGCGGAGGCGCGAGAGGCGUUUUGGUCCGAAAACCGCCACGCCGGGUCGGAGGAGAGUUCGCCGCCGCGCAUCGCGGCUUCGUGCGCGAUUUCCACGUGCGCUCGCGCCGCCUCAGACGCGGCUUCUGCCCUCGAAACGCACCCGUCGCGUCGAGUUUUCGCCGCCGCCGCGGAAGACGCGGAGAUGGCUGCGAACGACCAGCACGCGCUCGAUUACGUCGCGAUCGCGCGCGAUACCGCGCGCGCGGCCGAGGCUGAAGCGGCGGCGGCGAAAACUCGACGCGACGGGUGCGUUUCGAGGGCAGAAGCCGCGUCCGAGGCGGCGCGAGCGCACGUGGAAAUCGCGCACGAAGCCGCGAUGCGCGGCGGCGAACUCUCCUCCGACCCGGCGUGGCGGCUCGCGGUCGCGACGGAGGCCGAGGCUGAGUGCGCGCGCGCGGAGUUUGAUCUCAUCGAAGCGAACGCCGCCGCCGCGGUCGCGUCCGAUGAACUCCAUCGAAGAGAGAGCUCGGUCAACGCCGCGAACGCGAGCGCGUUCGCCGCCGCGGAGGAGGAGACGACGCGCGGGAACAGCCUCCGCGACGCGGCAAUCGCGGCGAAACGCGAAUUCGAAGACGCGGAGAAAGCCGCGACGCGCGCGGAGAACGACGCGGUGCUCAUGUCCGGCGGCGACGUCGCCGCGCUGCGCGCGGAGCGCGCGGAGUCGACCGCGCGCCACGUCGCGGAGUCGCGGCAGGCGUUGCUGGACGCGAAGCGGCACGCGGAGCGACGACGCACGCGCGCGGAGGAGGCGACGCGCGCGGCGCGAAAAACGCGCGCGGAACACGCGGACGUCUCGAAAGCGGCCAACACCGCGCGCGAUCGCCUCGCCGCAGCCGCGGACGCCGCGAGGAAACUCGUCCGCGCGUCUGUUACCGCCGCGAGCCGCGCGGACGCGGCGUCGCUCGCCGCGGCGCGCGCGCGCGACGCGACGCGCGCGGGCGCGCGGUGGAAAAAGGCGGCGGAGGUUUUGAAACGACGCGCGUCGAAAGCGCGCGAGCUCGCCGCCGUCGCGAGAGACCGCGCGACGUACGCCGCGUCCGACGCGCGGCUCGCCGCGGGCGCGGGUGGCAACCGCGACGAGGCCCGCAGAGCGUCGUGCGCCGCCGCGGACGCCGCGGAAGACGCGACGAAGGCCGCCGCGAGGGCGCGCGCGAUCGAGGACGCGACGCGCGACGCGCGGCUCGUCGCCGCCGCCGCCGACGCGCUCGCGUCGACGACGCGCGAGGACGCGGCGACGCAUCUCGAAGCGAGCGACGUCGCGACCGCGUCCGAGGACGCCGCGAUCAAGGAGCUGGAAGCGCUCGUCGCGGGGGUGACGCGCGCGGCGGCGGCGGCGGAGACGUUCGUCGCGCGCGCCGCGGAGACGGAAGCGGCGGCGCUCGCCGCGGAGGCGGAGGCGGCGGCGGCGUUGAAAGCGACGGCGCUGACCGCCGCGGAGGCUGAAGCCUCCGCGCUGGAGGGCGAGAAGAAGAUCCUCGAAGCGAAAGCCGAGAUCGCGGCGAAAGCGCGCGAGGCGUCCGCCGCGGAAGCGCGGCGAAGGGUCGAGCGCGCGCGCGCGGCGGCGGCGGACGAGGCGAAAGCCGCGGCGGAUUUCGAAUCUCGCAUGCGACGCGAACGCGCCGAGCUCGAACGCCUCCGCGCGGUCGAGGACGCCGCGGCGACCAAGGCGGCGACGGAGCGCGAGAACGCGCGCCGCGCGCUCGAGCGCGAGCUCGAGCGCCGGCGAGAGGUGGACGCCGCGCGAGCGCUCGUGGAAGCGCACGAGGCGGAGACGACCCGGCGCGCGGAACUCGCCGCGCUCGCCGACGCGCGCGAGAAGGACUUGCACGCCGUCGAGGACGCCGCCGCCGCCGCGCUCGCUGCCGUGCAGCUCGCGGAGGCCAAGUCGAUCGCGGAAGCGCGCGUGAGAGCCGCGGAGGACGCGUCCGCGGCGGCGUCGAGAGCGCGCGAGGAGACCGCGGCGGCGGCGGCCGAGGCGGCGGCGAGCGCGGCGGCGGCGGCGGCGGCGGCGCGCGCCGCGGAAGCCGAGCGCGAGGCUCGCGAGGCGGACGUCGCGGAGGAGGAGCGAGAGCAGCUCGCGGCCGUGGAGAUUAUUCGACUGAAGCGCGUCGCGGAAGAGCGCGUGGCGAGGGCGACCGCGGACGCGCGCGAGGCGAUCCGGGUCGAGCGCGAGACGCGAGAGGCGGUGGAGCGCGCGACCGCGGACGCGGCGAAUGCGGCGGCGCGCGAGCGAAGGCUUCGCGACGCGUCCGAAGCCGCGGCGGCGGCGGCGAACGAGCUCGACGUCGAGCGCCCGCGAGCGCGGAUGAACGAGGCGAACGCGCAGGCGGAGAUGGCGCGAGCGGAGGCGGACGCCGCCGCCGCGGCGGCGGCGACGGCGGCGGCGGCGCUUUGCCCGAGUCCGCCGCCGCAACCCCCCGCGCCCGCCGCUUCGGCGUCGGCGUCGCCGGCGCCGGCGCCGGCGAUCGCGUCGCCGCCGAUGCGAACGUCGUCGUCCGCUUCCAUCGGCGGCGUCGGGACCUCGCCGCCGCGCACGCCGACGCCGGAGACGAUCUUCGCGAAGGCUGCGGCGGACGACGCGGCGAACGCGGCCGCGGACCGCGCGGAGGUGGCGACGCGGGAGGCGACGCGCGCGACGCGCGAGUACGAGCGCACGUCCGAGGACCCGCGUUUCGCGGAGGAAUUCGAGCGCGCGAAGAAACGGCACGACGACGCGGUCGCGGCGAUCGCGAAAGAAACCGCCGAUCUGAAGGCGUUAUACGAAUCCAAAGCGGCCGCGGACGUCGCCGCCGCCGAAGCGGAAGCGCGCGCCGCGGACGCGCGCGCGAGGCAAUCCGCCGCGGAGACGGAAGCGGAACGACUCGCGCGCGUCGAGGAGGAGACGAACGACGCGCGGCGGCGGCGGACGAUUGCGAAAGUCAAAGCGAUGCACGCCGCGGACGUCUCCGAGGCGGAAUCCGAAGCGUCGCGCGCGGCGGAGACGGAACGACGCGAGCGCGCGGCGUACGCGGAGGCUGCGCGCGCCGCGGACGCGGCGAACGCGUGGGUGAACGCCUCGAAAGCCGCGGCGAGGGACGCGAAGGAACAGGAGAAGCUCGCCGCCGCCGCCGCCGCCGCCGCCGCCGCCGCCGUCGAGACGAAGGCUGAGUGCGAACGCAAAGCCGCGGACGCGCAAAAAGAAGCGGACGCGCGCGCCGCGGCCGCGGUCGCGAACGCGACGCGCGAGGCGGAGAACGCGGUGCGCCUCGCGCGCGCGGCCGCCGCCGCGGCGAUCGACGCCGCCGUCGCCGACGCGAACGAAGCCGUGCGCGUCGCGAGAGCGACGUUGGAGACGCGCGAGAAGGAAUCCGCGGCCGCGCUCGCGCGCGCGAAGGACGACGACGCCCUCCUCGACGCGAAGCGCAGGGCGGAGAUCACGCGCGAGCGCGACGACGCGCGCGAGGCGUUGCGCGCGGCGGAGAGCGACGCGAGGGCGACCGUCGCCGAGGCGCGACGCGACGCGGAAAAGAAGUCGUCGGACGCGAAGCGUCGCGCCGAGACGGAUAAGCGCGCCACGAUCGCCGCCGCGAAGGCGGCCGCGAGAGCGCAGAUCGACGCCUCUCGCGAGGCUUUAAACGACGCGCGAAGGGAGUCGACGACGGCGGCGCGCGCGAAGACGCGCGCGAUGCGCCGCGCGGCGGACGCGGAGAGGGAGACGGAGGAGGUGCGGAAAAACGCGCGCGACGCCGAGGCGCGCGCGGAUGCGGCGGAGCGCGCGGCGGCGGCGGCGAAGGACGCCGCGCUCGCCGCGGAGCGCGACGCGGAGCGCGCCGCGCUCGAGGCGUCCGAGGCGCAGGCGGCGGCGAGUCGCGAGGUCGCGAAGCACCAGCGCGCGCUGACGCCCGAACGCGGCGGCGGCGGCGGCGGCGGGAUCGCCCCCGACCGACGACGGGACGAGCGCGCGAGCGCGGAGGUGGACGAGUGGCGCGAACGCGCGAGGCUCGCGCGCGCGGCGGCGUCGAGGGAGCGCGAGCGCGCGAAGGACGCCGCGUCGCGGGAGACCGCCGCGCGCGCGGAGGCGGCGGACCUCGGCGCGAAGGACCGCGCGAAGGUGUUGGCGAUGGAAGAGAAGGUGAAGCGUCUGAAGCGCGACGCGGCGGCGAAGGAGAAGGAGGUGCAAAAGAGAAUCGACGCCGGCGCGGCGGCGGCGGCGGCUUUCGCGGCGGACGAGGCUGCCUGUACCGCCGCGGCCGAGGCGGAAGCGCGCGCGCGCGAGGCCCACGCGUUAGAAGCGAGCGAAGCGGAGAAGGACGCCGCGGAGAGAGCCGCGGAGGAAGCGGCGUCGCGCGCGGCGGUCGCCGCGGCGGCGGCGGCGUCCUCAGCGGCGACGGAGGAGGCGCGAUCCGCCGCGAAAGCCGCCGCGGAAGACGCCGCGUCGUGGCGCCGCGAGGCGGACUUCCUCGCGAAGGAGUGGUUCGACGCGAAGACCGCCGCGAAAGCCUCGGACGCGCGCCACGAGCGCCGCGCGAACGAACUCGCGCUCGCGGCGGCGCACGCGGAGCGAGAGCGCGCGCGACUCGAGAGGGAAAACGCCGCGAACCGCGCGGAGAUUGAACGCGUCGUCGCGGACGCCGCCGCCGCGUGGGAGAUGGCCGCGGACGCCGCGCGCGCCGCGGAGGACGCGGAGAAUGCGCGCGAGAUGGCGAUCGCCGAGGAGGCGACGCGCGCCGCGGAGGCGAAUUCGCGCGCGGAGGAGGCGCUACGCGCGGCGGAGGCGCACGACCGGGAGGCGACGCGGCUCGACGCCGUCCGCGAGGAGGAACGCGCGAUGAUCGAGACGGCGGCGGCCAAGGCUCGCGAGGCGAUCGACGCGAUCGACGGCGCGGUCGCGGUCGCGGUGGCGAACGCGCGGAGGCUUCGAGACGCCGCGGAGGCGGCGGAGGCGGCGCGGACGCGCGCGGCGAGGGACGCGGCGACCGCGGACGUGGAGCGACGGCGCGUCGCGAACGGCGCGGAGAUUAAAAUUCGCGAGCUCGAGCGCCGCGCGCGCGAGAGCGACGAGGAGGCGUCGACGCACGCCGUAAAGCUGAGGGACGCGGAAGCUCGCGCGUCCGCCGCGGAGGCGGCGUUGAUCAAGGCGGAGAUCGCCGCCGCGGAGGCGGCGAAGAAGGCUGAGCGGGACGUCGCGAACGCGGCGCUCGCGUCCGCGUCCGCGUCCGCGGCGGCGGCGGCGCCGGCGGCGCCGGCGGCGUUGACGGCGGACAUCGGCGUGGUGACGAUGACGACGGGGACGCGCGGGCCGUCGCUGCCGUCUCGCGCGCCGCGCGACGCCGCGCGCAGAUGUCUCGCGGCGAAGCGCGCGGCGCGCGCGGCGGCGGCGACGGUCGCGCUGGCGCCGGUCGAGGAGGCCGCGGCGCCGCCGCCGCCGUCUCGGUCGCGGGCGGCGGACGACGUCGCGCGAGAGGAGGCGCGCGCCGCGGCGACGAGGCGACGGAUCGAGACGCGCGAGACGUACGCCGCGCGCGAGCGGACGCGAGCGACGACGAGGCCGAAACCGCCGGUGCCGCCGCCGCCGUCGUCGUCGUCGGGCGCGAUGAACGCUAUCGUGACGGUCGCGAGAGCGCCGUUUAAUCCGUUCGCGAGCGCGGAGCUCGACCCCCGGCGAUCCGCGGAGAUCGAACGAAGAGUCGAGGCGCGCCGCGCCGUCGGCGGGAAGCGAAAAGCCUCCGCCGCCGGCGACGGUUCGUCUUCCACCGUGACGUCAUCGCUCGCGCGCGAGUCGGCGUUCGCCGCCGCGGAAGAUGCCGCGCGUCUCGCGGAAGCGGAAGCCGCGGAGGCGGCGCACCGACGCGCGGCGAGACGCGCGGGCGCGCGCGUUCGCGCGUCGCGAGCGCGCGAUCUCUCGACGCGUCCCGAGUCCGAGCCCCCGAAUUCGCCUUCGCCUUCGACGUCCUCGCCGUCGAAGCUCCAGGAGUUGAAAGUCGCCGCCGCGAUCGCCGCCGCGGCCGAGCGCGUCGCGACGCGGCGGUCGUUCGCGGCGGAACAUUCGGACGCGGAGAAGACGAGAGCGUCGGUGCCGACGUUCUUACGCGUCGCCGCGCGCGACGACGCGGCGCGGAAAUCACGCGACGAAAUCGCGUCGAUAAAGUCCUCGGGCGGCGACGCGAACGCGAACGCGAACGCGACGCGACGGUCGUUCCCUCCGGCGCCAGCCUGGCGGCCGUCCUCGAGCGCGACAGUCGCGUCCGCGAGGGCGUCCCUGGACGCCGCGGAUGGCGCGCCGGCGAGGAGGAAGCCGGAGAUGUGGUCGUCGCUCGACCUCUCGAGACCGAAACGGCGGAAGGUCGGUCGGAGCGUGACGUUCGCGCGCGGGGCGUUCACGACGAGGAUCUCCGCGGACUUCCCGCGCGGGUUCGACGACGACAGCGACGAGGACGACGCGGUCGCGGACGCGAUCGACGACGCGGAGGCGGCGGAGUGGAACGAAGAACGACGCGCCGAGGGCGUUCUUCUCGCGCUUCGCGCCAACGUCGCGCGACGAAAAAUGAAAACCGCGCUGCACGCCGCGGCGGCGCGACACGCGCGCCGCCGCGCGCUGACGCGCGAUCUCCGGUUCUGGCACGCCACGGCGAAGAGAAACGCACUCUUACGGCGCGUUUUCACCAUCUGCGAGAAAGCCUGGCGCGCGCACGUGCGCGUCCACGGCGUGCACCUGAGCCCCGAGGACGUCCGAACGAUUUCCGUCGCGCGAGAAGGCCUCGCCGUCUGGCGCGCCGCCGCGGCGAGACGACGCCGCGCGCACGCCAAAAAAGUCGCGCUCGUCCGCGCGGAGACGUACCGACGCCUGAGCGUCUCGCGCCGGCAUCUGCUCGCGUGGCGCGCGGCGCUUCGCGCGGCGAGAGCGCGAGAGCGCGCGUACGCGACGUUCGCCGACGCGUUCGCUUCGUGGCGCGUCGAGGCGAAAACCGCCGCCGCCGUGCGAGAGGAGGCGGCUCGCGCGCGUUUCUCGCGGCUGUGGCUCGACUGGCGCGCGCGCGCGGCGACGACCGCCGCGGUCGCUCGCAUGCGCCGCCGCGCGUUGACGCGCGCGGCCGCGCCCGCGCUGCACGGCUGGCGGAUCGUCGUCCUCGCGCGCGCGCGUCGACGGCUGACGCGCGAGAUGAACGUUCUGAUCGCCGGCCGCCGCCGCAUGUGGGCCGCUUGGCGGGCCUGGUGUCUGGGUCCCGGGUGCGCGGCGCUGACGCGCGGCGCGCCGACGCCGCUGCCGCCGGAGCACGCGGACGCGCGGCGGAAGCGGUUCAAGACGACGCGCGACGCGCUGCGGGAUAUCGUCUUGCGGCCGACGCGCGAGCGAAAUUUCUCGCGACGCGUCGCGGCGGCGUGGAGACGCGCGGCGCGAGACGCGGCGCGGACGCGCGCGGCUUUCGCGGAAGCCGCGGAGACGAUGACGCCAGAGGACAUCACGUCGCUGCGCGGGCGGCCGCUGUCCGCGUGGCGCGCGCGCGCGGCGGAGAUCGCCGACGCGCGAGACGCCGCGCGCGCGGACGAGCGAUGGGUCGGCGGUCUGCGAGGAGAUUUGCAUCGUUCGCGAGACGACGACGACGACGUCUUCGCGGACGACGCCGUCUGGGCGCCGCCGCCGUCGCCGCCGCGCCGCGCGCGACGCGCGAACCCGCCGCUGCCGCACGUCGUCCGCGUGCCGCGGUCUUCCCCCCCUCGCGAUCGCCGCGCGACGGCGACGGCGACGGCGACGACGGGCGGCGGCGCGGGCGCGGGCGCGGGCGCGGGCGCGACGGUCGACGUCCGGGGACGGUUCGAAUUCCGAGACGUCCGCGUCGCGGCGGGCGCGUGCGCGGCGACGCACGACGGGAACAUCGCGGCGGGGAUCACGGCGUUUGAAUCCGCGCGCGGCGUGCGGUUCUUUCCGCCCACGGCCGCGGCGAGCGAGGGGGUUACUCCGCGCGAAGAGAGAGGGAGAGAGGAGGAGGAGGAGGAAGAAGAAGUGGAUGAAGAGGGAGAGGAAGAACGCGAGGAAGGAGGCGAGAUGGACGAGGAGACCGGGUUGGAUCCCAGAGACGUCGCGACGUUGUUCGCGAUGCGCGAGUCCUGGGGCGGGUAG